CAGACUGUGUUCCUUGGGAGUAUGGGCUUCCUUAGAGUCCCAUGAAAGAUUCCUCAGUGGAAAGAUCAGUAAUGGCAGAGAAGUUUCUUGAGUGACAGCUAACCCACUGCACCCAAUCUUCCCCUGCAGCAUAUGGCUACAGGGGUGUGAUGCAGUCCACACACUUUGUUUUUUGGGCGUGAUGAUGAAGCCCGAAGGCCUGGCCACUCUCCUUCAUGAAUGUGUCUCUUGUGUAUGUGUGUGCACAUAUGCAUCCACAUGUCCUGUGCACAGGGCAUUCACAGCAGAUUCCAGGAGGGCUGUUCUUAUGUAGCUGUCAGUAUGGAAAGUGUUGCCUAAAGAUAGAUUUAAAGCUGCAGUUCUUACCCAACUAGCUCUUUUCUGAUAUAUUUAUUUUAUUAAAAGAUUUAAUAUACUGCCCAAUCCACAGACUCAGGGCAGUGUACAAACAAGAACAGCAUCUGAGAUUUGAAAAUAAUAAAUGUAAAGGGCAAUCGCCUGGCGGGCAAAAAAUGUCUUCAAUAAGGUUUUAAAGGCUGAAAGGGAGGAGGCAAACCGUAUUUUGUGGGGAAGAGAAUUCCAAAGUGAAGGGGCAGCAACAGAGAAAGCCUUUCCACAGGCCCUAGUACUAUGGACCUCUCUGAGACCAGGGACCAAAAGAAGGGCAACCUGAGAAGAUCUCCUAGGAUGGCAAAGGACUGGCUAGGAGAGGCGGUCCUGAAGAUAAGCAGCUGCUAAGCCUUGAGGGGUUUUAAAGGUGAGAACCAGCACUUUGAAUCUGACGCAAAAGCAAAUAGGUAACCAGUGCAGUAACCACAACAGAGAUGUCACACUAUCAUAUCUCCUAGCGCCCAUAAGCAGGUGGGCCACUGCAUUCUGGACCAACUGAAGCUUACAGGUUGUCUUCAAAGGCAAGCCCAGAUAGAGCACAUUACAAGAUAGGGCCACAACUGGCGGGCCAGCCGAAGCUGGGCAACUGCACCUCUGGCCAUGGCCUCCACCUGCUGCUCAAGCAGGAGCCGUGAGUCCAAGAGGACCCUCCAUUCCCAGACCACUUCAUUCAGGGGCAGUGCAACCCCAUCCAGGGAGAGACUCAGACUCAGCAAUUGGCCAGAUCAAGGAAUGAUCUAGGACAGGACUGGGCUACUGUGUGGUCUGGAGCCUCUAGCCUGCUGCUGCUGCUGACCUACCACAGCUCUUAAUGGAAAAGCCAGCUUUCCUCUCUGCCAUAUUUUGGAAAGAGUGCAAGUCUCUCUCUAGUGCAGAAGCAAAAUCCUGAUGCAGGACUAACACGGGAGCACAUCAUCUGCUUGAACAGGGAGCCUGAGCCGGAGUACCAUGGAAGGACGGCCGUGGACUGGGCAAGGCUACAGGGCCCCCUGGAUGUACCACAGCGUGGCUGGGCAGUAUACGCUCUUGGAAAAGCAAUUGGUACCCGACUUUUCGCCCUGCCAGCGCCGCCUCGUCGUCCCCCGCAUACUGCAGGAUUCGACCAACUGGCAGGAUGCCCAGCCUCCAUCCCGCUGGGGCCUAGUGAGGCAGGAGGGCCGCUGGCUUUCAGGGAAGGAACUGAGCAGGGCGGCGGCAGCAGGAGCAGCAUCCCCCAAGGCCCAAAGGCAAUACAGCCCCGCUUAUGAGGGGCUCCGUCCGCUCUCCAGGAGGGACCUGAGCUGGGAGCCCAGCAGCCCCACUGCAAAGGACCGUUCCCGAGCCCUAGCAGGAGGGGCGGCUCCACACUGCCCGUGGAAUCAAGGGGCCCCUGCCAAGAGCAGGGCGGAUCUCCCUGCCCGGGCGCCCCCCAGCUAUGAAACGCACAUGCUGCUGCGCCUCCGGGCAGGGCACGGCCCCCGCAAGGAAAACUGGCCCCGCCCGCCCCCCUACGUGCCUCCCCCCUCCUAUGAGGCACCCCACCGCACAGUGCAGCCCCAGCAGAGGGGAUGCAGCAGCGCCAGGGGCCACCCCGCAGUGAGCAAGCAGCUCCGGAAAGAAGCCCCCAAGAAAUGCCGGGAGACGAGCGCAGGGGCCUGCGAACUCAGGCCUUUGCCAGCUCUCGGUGCUGGAAGGAAGGCAGGGCGCCACUACCGGGCUCCGAUGCCAGGGGGCUGGAGCUAUCUCUCGGGAGCCACGACCUGGGGGGGCCCGAGGAUGCCUCCGGAGCCAGCAGAGCCUCCCUACUGCUGGGACAGGAGCCCCCAGUGCCGAAGCCACACCCUGCCCCGGGUCAACCGGAGGAGCAAGGGGGGAGCUGUGCCCUGCCCACCCCUCCUCCCCCCCCCUCACGGCCAGCCCCAGGACUCCCUCCCUGCCGGUUGGGGCUUUAGCCACGCCGUUAGCUGGCCCGGCGGCGCCUUGGGCAAAGCGGGCAAGCAGAGCCGAGACCUCUUGCCCAAGUGGAAGGAACCCAGGCCCGCGAGAACACAGCAGGCGGCCAACAGCCUGGCCGCAUCUCCGGCGCCUCCUCGACCCGCGCCACAAAGGCCUGGGGGGCUCUUCGUCAUCGACGCCACGUGCGUGGUGAUCCAAGCCCACUACAUCCCGCCGCCCCGCACGCAGCACGUGCGCUACUUGGGCCAGCAGGGGGCAGGCCAAGGCCAGGCGGGGGCGGCAGCAGCACCUGUCUCUAUGGAGGAGCGAGCUGCUCGCAUCCUCGGCCUCCCCGUGAGCGAACUCGGUUUCACACAGACCCGGAGGCAAGGCUUGGAUCCCGAGAUGAUCCCUGGGCACGGGGCUGGCGAGAGCUGUCCAGCCGACCCUGGGGCUGCGCCUGCAGAUGUCCCUGGAGGGGCUCCUUCUCCUCCUCGGGGCACCCCGAAGAAACCCCUCCUCCCGGCCCCAGCAGCCCCCAGUAGUUGCGAGGCUGCUGGGCCUCUAGUGCAGCAGGGGCCGCCGGGUUGCCCUCAUGAGAGCGGGGUGGCCGUGCCUGGGCAGGGAGGGGAUGGCUGCUGCUGCCAGCCACCAGGCGAAGAAGAGCCCGUGUUUUGCCCGUCAAGCAGAUCCUAUGUGCGGGAUCUGAAGGAAGCCAUGUCGAGGAUUCGCCGGCACACGGCCCCGGAUUCGGACACGGACGAGGAACUGGAGAAGGAGUGCCAGACGGCCUGCGGCCCCCGCCCCCGGGCACGGAGAGGGCGCCUGAAUGAAGGGGCUCUCUCCUACAGCAGCAGCAGCUUAGAGAGCAGCGAGUCCAACGCCACCGUGGUGCCCGGGAACGCCACACCCACUCUCCUACGGAAUGGGCACCAGACUGAUUCUGAGCUGACCCUGGACGCAGGAAGUAAUGCUGGGCCGAGCAGUGCCCUAACAAUGAAGAGGGAUUAGCGAGAGAGAGAGAGAGAGAGAGAGGAAACAAGGUCGAUUCCUUACCCAGCAACCCACCCCGCUCUCCCAAGUGCCUGGUAUUAUCCACAUGCCUCUGCCCCCUCCUUGCCUCAAAAUCAGGGACAUUGCUGUGUUUGGGGCCAUGGGGUAGGGAAGGAGAGGAUAUACAGAACUGUAACACUUUUCAAAUAAGUUUCCUGUAUUUUUGUGUGUUGUAGCUAAGAAUGGAAGCUUCAUGUUGAGAAGCAGAAUACCUCUGAUUUAUUACUAGACAGUAGCGACAAUCUAUAAGAUAGCCAUCACCGUCAUGCCCUAUAACUCUGCACCUCCUUGGGCUACCUGACUGUCCCUCCUUGGAAACAGAGUGCUGCCUGACCGAGAGCAGAGCCCUUGGUUUGAGCCAGCUGGGCUGUCCUUAGGUAGCAGAGGUAUUUGCUGUGGGCAAUAAACCUGCCAAGACCUUUUCUGUUUCUCUGUUUCACAAGAAAAUCCACGUGUGCGGGACAUUCAGGAAUAACAUUACUAAGCAGGAACAAUAAUAAAGAUGAUCACAACGAAAGGAGUUGGGUGAUAUACUCUCAAUGUCAUCAUUCCUUUGCCUGCCAAGGUAGUGUGUAACUAGCAUUCAAGCACUGAGCUUGACCCCAUUAAUGCAUCAGUUAUUCAAACGAAAGGGGGUGGCAGCAGGAAUGUUUGUGCAUGUGUUGAACCUUGUUGGAAGGUUCGCCACUCUUCUGUUUUAAAAACAAGGAAUUGGCACUAAAAUGCACAACCCGCAAAGGGAACCAUAUUGAGUAAAGCUUCCUUCAUGGUGGCACGUUGCUGCUGGGGAAGAGGUUUACUUGUUUAUCACAGUGAAGAGGCUACAUGGGCACUCCCUCUGUAAAAAAGAAGCGCUCAUGCCGAGAGAGAAUUUUCAGUAUAAGUUCAAAGCAGCCACUGCAUGACAAACAUUGGUGGGUUUGGGGUAAUGAGAAUGUUUCUCUGGUAAUUAGUGAUGUCACAGACUCUAUCCAAAAGGUGUCUGUGAUUGUUGCAUUUUACACACAGCUAUUUGAAUGAAAAUGGAAGUACUAGCUGCUGUGGACAUUGGGAGCACUGCAUUGAAGCUGAGAGCCCCAAACCCAGACCUGGGAACCGCCUCUGCCGCUUCCCCACUGCAAAGUGCUGCCGGUAGGUGCAGUUUAAAGGAGAAAAGCAGUGGCCGGCCUGGGUGUGUGCUUAACUUGUCUUCCACCAUAGCUUUUCCUCUGCAGCCCCUCCUCGCUGUUUUUCUCCCAGCAGGAGCUCCCAUAUGUGUGGUGGUUGUGGCAAGUAAGGAAAGGCUGUGUGUAGUCAAAGCAAUGUACAUAGAAGGAGGAGGAGCUUCUCUGUUUCCAGAAGACUCACAAUCUAGUCCAUGUUAAAGAGCACAAGUAUCACACAUAACCCAAAGUAGCCAGCUGCCAGCAGUCACCUACAAAAUGAAUCUUUGUUGCAGAAGGGCUGCAAAGUGACAAGAUUCGUGGAUAUAUUUCUCAAGCAAUCUGUAUAUCCCCUCAUUUCCCCCUGCUCAUUUCCUCCCCCCUCCUCAUUUGCUCUGCUGUGGAGAAGUGGUGCUCAGGAGUCCCAGACCUGCAUUUGCCAUUGAAAGUGUAGUUUGGCCCCCCAAAACCAUCAUUUGUAACUUGAGCCAUGCAGUGGGAGAGUUCACACUGCACUCUCCCAUUGCUGUCAGAAAGUCAAUGUGGAGAUGGCUUUAGUUCAGCGAGGAGGGGCCCACUACUAUAGAGUCUCCCCCCACCCCCAGUGCCUUAAAAUGCAAUGGCAAGAAUUGCAGGUGUACAGACCUUUCAAAGAGCUUUUGCUGUAAUAAUCCAACUCUUCAAGUUUUACAAGCUUUGGGGAGGCACAUCAAGGUUAAAAAAUGUGUAACCAGAACCCAGAGAAGCGGGGGAGGUGCUUGUUGCUUGUACCUUUUUUAAUGACCACCAGAUGGUGCUCUCAGUCCACUGUUCUGUUUUAUUUUUUGGCCUGCUGUUCAGUACUUAAGGAAAGGAAAGAUCUUGCCAAGUUCAGUUUUCUUGGCUUGUACUGCUAGCUCUGUAUUCAAGCACAUUAGACUGACUGAAGACUGGGAAUGUUUCCUAGGUUUCACCUGGACAUACAUUCCUGACCUGUUAGAUCCUGAUCUUCUCUCAGACCGUUCAACUGGGAAAACAGUAUAUAGAGUCCUUAAUUUAGAACAGAAGUCUUUAGUACUCUUCCCCUUUACGUUUGGAAGGCCAGUAACAGAUAUUUACACACAUUACUGAUUUCUAUGAAAAAUUAGAAUAUGAAGUUCAAAUGAAUUCAAGACGAGAGUCCCAAGUCCCUAGAGUUUUUGAAGGAACGGGAGUAAAAAUAUGGUGAUAACAGAUAAUAUGUAGAGAGCUAUGUUGGCAACUGCUGUCUUGCCAAAAUGCCUCUAAAAGCUUCAUAUGCAGGCAGGUGAAGCUUUUUAUGUGCACAGAGAAACGACUGCCAUAACCACAUCCAGAUACCCCUAAUAUAUUAUGCUUUUUGGUGGAUUUUAAUAGCAAACUGAUCUGUGAGCCAAUCUUGUCUGAAAAUCUUAACCCGCUUCCCAUGCUGUUUAUCUGAUCCAAACAGCCCCUAAAGCUGCUAUUUCACCUGCAUCACUGACAGGAGGACUAAUAGCAGUUUGGGAGUGCCAUUGUAGCUUGGAGAUGGAACUCAGAUCAGGGAAACCGAGUUACCCCAGUGGCACAGAAGGAAAGGUGAAUCCCCUCCCUUGACAUCAUUGCUCCCAUCAAACUGAAGCCCCCAUGGCUGCUUUUAAGGAAAAAUUUAAACAUCCUGCAACUCAUUGGUUUGGGUCCUAAGGUUUUACCAAGUUUAUCAAAUCCUUCCACAGAUGGGUGUGAAUCCUCCAUCUGGUGGUCAAGACAGAGGCAUCUCAGUCUUUGCUAGCAGUGGGUUGCUUUUUAGAACCAAACUAGGUAUUUGUAGGAAGAUCGCAAUAGGAUGUUUAGAACACUGAACCUCGGUUUGAUCACAUUUGACAUAGUAACAUUCCUAAAUAAAUCAAAAGCUGUUGGCCUUACAACAAAAACAA